UCCUCCCCCCCCCUUCUCUCUCUCGCUCUCUCUCUUUCCCUUUCCCUUUCCCAUCUUGUUCCCUCACUUACAGAUGUGACGCCAGGAGAGACGCAUUCUUAAUGGGAUUUUCCCGAAUUUUUCUCUGAUUACAUCUUCCUCGGGCUGCACACAGAUUUCAUUUUUUAAAAAAAAUCUCUCACACACAGAGGGACUCUCUUGCCGUGGAGGGGGGCAGCGGGUUUCCAUGGCUUCUUUGUCAGGCUGCGGUGGCGGCGCCUCCAGGCACUCGGGCAGUUCCUAGUUUUAAAUAUUGUUUUUCUUUAAAGAAUUAAUUCGGUUAGAAACUAUUUGGACUUUUCUCUGGGAACCGUUGCGGUGCGUUACCUUCGCCGUCUGAUUUUUUUUAUUUUGACUUAAAUCUAUAAAUUUGUAUACCUUUUUUUCUGAAAAAAAAUUCAUUUAUAUAGCAAGUUUUAAAAAAAAAAUUCUGUGUGUGUGGUUGUGAUAUGAUGCUUGAAAGAAAGCUGCAAGAGGUUUUCAAACGUUUUUCCUGACGGCGACGGUGUGGGUUUGGGUCCUCAUUUGAUUAAGCGACUGGGUGCAAGUGUUUUGCGUGCGUGUUGUGUUUUUCACAUAAAUAUAUAUAUAUAUAAAAGGAAGCGAGUGACCGAGUUGCUGCAUUGCAGCCCCCUUUGGAAUAUUAUCUGUGCAAUGGCGACUCCCAGCUACAGCAACAACUCCAGCAGCUCAGCACAGCAGCAACAGAGUCAGCAGCAAAACACAACCACCUGCAUGCAGGGAGUUCAGCUAAGCGUCUGUGGAAAAGAGCAAACAGUUAAACGCAAAGCGUUGAAGUUGAAUUUUGCCAACCCUGCCUUCAAGACAACAGCAAGGCUCACAUUAAAUCCAACAGGAGGAGUUCACUUUCAGAACCCACACAUGUCCAGGCCCACCCAAAAACAGGGCCCAGACCUUGGAUCUUUGGAACUUUCAGCUCCUGUGGAUGAAGACUUCAUAUCAUUGGAAAUGAAACGAACAAGAGAGAGGCUGCGGACUCAUAGCAUUGAAUCCUCAGGGAAAUUGAAGAUCUCUCCAGAACAGUUGUAUGAUUUUACUGCGGAUGACCUCAAGGACCUUGGGGAAAUAGGACGUGGAGCCUACGGUUCUGUGAACAAAAUGGUCCAUAACCCAAGUGAGCAGGUUAUGGCAGUGAAACGAAUUCGAUCAACGGUGGAUGAGAAAGAGCAGAAACAGCUUUUGAUGGAUUUAGAUGUUGUAAUGAGGAGUAGUGAUUGUCCAUAUAUUGUUCAGUUCUAUGGUGCACUCUUCAGAGAGGGUGAUUGUUGGAUAUGUAUGGAGCUCAUGUCUACCUCAUUUGACAAAUUCUACAAAUAUGUAUAUGGUGCAUUAGAUGAUGUUAUCCCAGAGGAAAUUUUAGGCAAAAUCACAUUAGCUACUGUGAAAGCACUUAACUAUUUAAAAGAAAACUUGAAAAUAAUUCACCGAGAUAUCAAGCCUUCCAAUAUUCUUAUGGACAGAAAUGGCAAUAUUAAACUCUGUGAUUUUGGUAUUAGUGGACAGCUAGUAGAUUCUAUUGCCAAAACAAGGGAUGCAGGAUGCCGACCAUACAUGGCACCCGAAAGAAUAGAUCCAAGUGCUUCAAGACAAGGCUAUGAUGUGCGGUCAGACGUUUGGAGUUUGGGAAUCACAUUAUAUGAGUUAGCCACUGGACGAUUCCCAUAUCCAAAAUGGAACAGUGUAUUUGAUCAACUAACCCAGGUAGUAAAAGGUGAUCCUCCGCAACUCAGCAAUUCUGAAGAGAGGGAGUUUUCUUCCAGCUUCAUCAACUUUGUUAAUUUGUGCCUUACAAAGGAUGAGUCCAAAAGGCCAAAGUAUAAAGAACUUCUGAAACAUUCUUUCAUCUCGAUGUAUGAGGAGCGCAGGGUGGACGUGGCAAGUUAUGUUAGCAAAAUCUUGGAUCAAAUGCCCCCUACUCCUGUUUCCCCAAUGUACGUUGAUUAAUUUUGCUGCUGAAAAGAUGGCCUUAAUAUGGCUGAGAGAAAUCAAGGUGUAAAGAUUUGUUUUAUGACACAUUGCAGUGUUUCUAUUUUUAACUUGCUCAAACAGUGCAAUAAAAAUUGGUUAUUCCAUUUUCCUUGUGUCUGCCCACAAUUGUCCAUUCGAAGCAUCCUUCUCAUUGUAUCCAAGUCAUCACAAGAAUUUUACUGGACCUGAAGUAUUUAUUGCCUUUUUGGUAUAAACAUUGGAGGGUAUUCACAAAUCAGAAAAUUGCUGGGACAUUGCUUAGCCACCGCUGGGAAGAGCCUGAAAAAAGGAGUUGACUCAAUACAAAUAAAAGAACAAAUGCUGGCAGCAUUAUCACAGUACAAUUUUGGAAAGACUGUCUUGGACUAGCUUUUCCCUCCAUUGCAUAGAAUAUUUUAGGCAGCACCCUCAAGGACUCUUAAGAAUUUUGCUUUGUCUUCAGUAAAAGGAAACCUCGACAUGAACAGGAUACUUCGAACAAUAUUCCAGUGCAGUCAAGCAAGUUUGAAUUUUGCUCAACAAAGUGCAAUAGAUUUACUGAUUUUAAUUCUGUUGCUUUAUAGUUAGUGUAUAUCAUGGAGGAAUGAAUUCAUCUGUAUUUUACUGUUAAUAAAAUUGAAAUGAUUUUUUUUUUAAAUAAGUGCAAAAUUGAACAGCAUGUCUUUCACCAAAAAAAGUGUGGACUGAGGUUUGCAAUGAAAACAAAAUUGAUACAGGAAAGGUUUGAUGCAAAAAAAGCGGACUUAUUCCCCUAAAAUCAAACUUUAAUAUGAGUUUGAUGACAUUCAUUAUCUAUUAGCUGUAACCAUUGGGAAAAUUGGCCAACUCAUCUGAGAAAAGUUGCUUAAUUGACUAUUAAAAUCUACAGUAAAGACACUGGGCUAUCAUGUAACUUUGACCAGCAUGCUUUGAGUAAAGCAUGCUGGGGAAAAAAAUUAAGCUGGAUUGAAGCAACAAAUGUUUUCCUGUUUAUCAGUCUGUAAAUGUACACAUUGAUGUCUUAGGAUUUUAGACUAAAGCAGGCUAUAUAUGGAUUAUGCAGUGAGCACCUAGCAGUGAUGUACUUAAAUGUUGCCCACCGACAGCUCAAACUGUGGCUCAACGUGCUAUUUUUUAUGACAAAUUAUUUAUGCAAAAAUAAAUGUAUACCUGUGACUGCUGAAAACUUCGAGAAACAAAAAGUCCUCCAGGUUUAUCAGUAGUAUAUUGACACCAUUUGGCUAUGUGUUUAAUUAUUGGUUGUACUUGUCUGAUGAGGAAAAUACAAUUUAAUGGUAAGAGAAAUAAAUUAAACUGUUUGGAUGUUA